AUGCCCCUCCCCACAAUUACGUCUUGUGAACCACUCCCCGUCCCCUUGCGCAGGACUGCAGUCAACCAUCAUCUCCGUACCAAAAUGGAAGAACCGCACAUCGGAUUCAUAGGUCUUGGGAGCGCCGGUUUCCCUCUGGCUGCCUGUCUUGCGAGAAAGGGCCGCCGUCUGUUAGUGCGCGAUGCAGAUCCCACCAGAGGCAUCCAGUUUGUCGAACAACACCCCAGAUGUAGAGUCGCUACUGCGAGCGCCGAAUCCUUCUCCGAAUGCGAAGUCGUCAUCACAAUGUUACCAAGCGAUAGCGUGGUCAAACAUGUGCUGUUGGGUUCCACAAUCAUCGACACCAGCUCCUGUCCGCCUCUCGAAACUCGUGCGUUGGGACUGGAGCUCAGUAGGUUGAAUGUAGAGCUGGUCGACUCUCCUGUCACGCAAGAGCACUUGCAUGCCAUCGACAGUGGGCAUGCAACACUCAUGGUUGGCUGCGACAAUCCAGAAACUCUGGAAAAAGUCACGCCCAUUCUCAACGACAUGAGUGCUCAUUUGUUCCCCAUGGGCGGUCUGGGUACCGGCCACACGAUGCAAGCCUUGAACAAUUAUGUCGGCGUUGGAAGUAUGAUCGCUCUCUGUGAUGCUUUGGUAACCGGUCGUAGGUUGGGGCUAGAUCCUCACACCAUGAUCGAGGCCAUGAAUGUCGGUACGGGUGCCAACUUCCUCACAAAGUACUCCCUGAAGAACCUCGAGUCAAAAGAUAGCGGAUUUCAGCUCGAGCUACUAGUCAAGGACGUUAAGAUUGCCAAAGACUUGAUCGAGAAGUCUGGAUUUCAGACCGAUCUUCCCUCUCUCGCCCUGACGUAUUUAGAAGAAGCGAGCCAGAGCGCUCCGAACGGGGCAGAUUACACCGCCUGUCUGGAAAGCUGGGAACACAGAGCAACACUAAACAUUAACAAAUCCGAGCGAAGUGAAGGAAAAGAAAAUUUGCAUCCCGUAUCUCAAGAUGAACCGGUUCUUCGCAUUCUAUACAAACACUGUUUUUUGAACUUUUUGAGGUCCAUACUACCAUUUUCUACUCUCGAUAUUAUGCCAUCGGAUCCGAGCAACGAUGGAACUCUCUCACCUUCUCGCGUCUAUAUAAACCGCACCGGGCUCGUCAUAUUGAUCUCCCCUCCACCUCUCUCCAUUGACGUUCGAAUUACCCUGUCACACUGGCUUGUCCCAGCCAACGUCAAGCCGGGUCCGUACUUCCAUCACACUGCAUCAUCUUCUACGGCAAUCCGACGACCCAGCGUAAACCAGUUUUCCUCCCAGUUGGCACUCAGGUCGAUUGAAUUCUCCUUCCCCUCUUGCAUCAAUCAAUCUUACCAAGGUUCACCUCAUCCUAGUCUAAUUCUCUCGACCUAUCGCCUUCCAUCCAGCUUACAUCCGUCAUCCCACCUCCAAACGCUAUUCCUCACGCCCUAUCUUCAAUCCACCAUGAAAGCCCGCGAAGUCGAUUCAGACCGGAUUGCUGAAGUUAACCUCCAUCGAAAUGGUCGAGUAUCCGAGCUUGAUGAGUUCGGUGAAUACUGUGACCCGAAUGAUGGCGCCAUUUGCAGCUACGUGCCCGUGAGCGAUGGCGACGUCAUCAAAAUCGGGGGGAAAUGCGCCGGGACGACUGUCGCCAUUAGCUAUGACGUAGCCAUUGACGGCAUUCUGAGGAAGGCAAAGCAUUUCGAGCCAAAGCAUGUAGGGCGGACCAACAUGAAAGUUGACUGCGACAAGUUUUGGUACAAGAAGGAUAAAGCCAUCAUCGAGACAGAUGCGGUUGUAGAAGUAGAACCGGAUCUGAACGUAACCCAGAAAGACCAGCCGGAGACAAUUGGAACGAUCGAUAUUCGCCUCUUCAUGGGCCGCAAAUUAGGUGACACGUGCUCUGUCGGAAACAACCGCACUUACUACAACGACGGCAUGGAUAUCGACUUGGAGGAUCCAAAUACCGAUGGCAAUGAAACGCCUCUAUCCCCAAUCACAUAUAGAAACAUUGCACAGGACGUCAAAAUUCUCUUUAACCGAGAUUGCGCUGCGCUGGAUUCUAGGGCAGUCACGCGCAAUAGAACCAACACAGACAAGAAACGCCCAGGCAAGGUGCCAUGGGCUGUCUUCCGAUUCCAUCUUCGCUCUCUUGAUGCAAUUGAGCUUGCCAAGAUGAAGCAAACGUUUGACCCCAAUGACAAGAAAGCAAGUGUACCCCACGCUCUCAAGCUUGAAAAAGUACCACCAUUGGAAGCAAGCCCCAAAAAGGCUGCGAGCGGCGUUGCCAGCAACGCCUCUACCCCGGUCCCGGUAUCUACAGACGCGACGACGCCAAAUGCUUCCGAUAAUGAGCGACCGAAUCAAUUAGAGGAUAACGAGACGGGGAAGGCUUUGACUACGGAUGUGCCGCUUGAACAAGCCCCCAACAGCGCAUCAGGGCAUCUCACACGAGCCCAGCCGCCACUCACGACAGCUCCGAAUGCUUCCAAAGAAACGGCACCACUAAAAAUCACUGCCACCACUACAGCUGCAGCUCCACCUUCUUCAACUGUCUCUGCUGCGACGGUAACCGACCCCGCGAGCGUUCAUCCUCUACCAUCACCUCACAAGUCAGCCUCUACGGGACAGAAACUGAAACGUCGCUCGCAACCUAUGUUUCCCCUCCCACCCCCGAAGAAGUCUCUCGAAGCGCUCCAGCAAGCAGCGAGUCUUGGCCGUUCUACAGCACCACCUACUCCUACAUCUCCACCAAAACCACCAACCCCAACGACCCCUGGCGUUCCAAUCCGGCCUAAUGAGUCUAUACUACCUGCCGCGGAUCUCAAAGUUCACUCCAUUCAAUCUCCCACUGCAUCCUCUCAAAUAGCACCACCCGCUCCGGCUCUCAAACGCAGCGUAACCGACAUUCGACAAGAGCUCGCAGCAACCAAAAGCAAACGCCAGUGCAUCCAGGACGCCCGAGCGCAGUAUGCAGAGGAUCUCGCUCUGGCAAAGCAGUGGGAGGACGAGCUUGUGGAAGAGCGGAUGGGGUUGGUGGCUGAUGUGGCUGGGUUGAAAGGUGAUGAGAACAUGCAUCGAAUGUUCUUCCCCGAGAAGUAUGCUUGA